AUUCCUUCCAGGGCUGCCAUAUCGCACUCUAAUUCAACAACAACAACAAUGCGAGGAACAACAACAACACGCACACGCCUCGCCCAGCUCCUCGGUCCAUAUGCGCGUCAGAUCCCCCGAUUUGUUCGAAAGUUAUAGCAGCGACCAGUCAACAUCAUCGCUUCGGCGUGGGGGGCAGCAUAGGGAACACGCUGACAGUGACUCAUCAUCAUCAUCAAACCCAGCAGCCUCAUCACCAGAGUCGGUCGACUCACCACCACCACCACCACCUUCCCCGUCCCCUCCCCCUCCUCGGGAUAUUGAAAUUGUGAACAUCAUUCGCAAUUUCAAUGGGGCUUACACACGAUAUUCAUUUAGCGUGCCAGAGCACGUGCGGGGUGAUCCAGGGGCUUAUUUACGAACAUAUCGCGCAUUUUUCAUUAAUUUCGUCAGUGGAUUGUUUACUUUAGAACAUCCACAUAUACGCGUCUUCCCUGAUUUCACAUUUGGGGUGCGGAGGCUCAACGUAGAGCCCGACGAUGAUUUUGAUCCAGUAAUGCACAUGCGCGGGGAAAUGCGUGCCAUAACUCAAGAGGAAGUAGAACAGCUUGUUAAUUUGUGGGUCGAAGAGAUCGACAAUAAACUAGAGGAGUUGCUAGGGGAACAGGAAGGGUCGAGUGUCGGGAUAGAGUCGAUUUUGGGGUUUUACAUAAAUGUGGCCCUUAUCGAACACCCAAUUCGACUGGGUUCAUUCGUAGAUUACCCGGCCAAGUUACGGGGCAAAGGCCACGUAUUCAACCCCCGAGGGGAAGCCAAUAUUUGCCUUAUGCAGUGCAUCGCCGUGCACAAAUGUUUGGCCCGCGGGCUCCUUUAUAACGACAUCAAAACUCGGGCCAAAUCUGGGCGAUGGUGUCGCCGACAAGUAAGAUGGAGUAAUAAUAUAGGCACCCCAGUAUCUUUUGACGACAUCGCCAAAGUCGAAGAUUUAAACAGGUCUUCUAUAUUUAUUUAUGUUCUGGUAAAAGGAGAUAAUGGUCGUCAUUACAUUAGUUUGGCUAGAAAAGGCCGUGGGAAUUUUAAGGAUGUCAUAUCUUUACUUAUGCUGGAAGGCCAACAUUUGGUCCUCAUCAAGAACUUUAGCUUUAAUUUCCAAAUUCUGCAGGUACAGGACCCAGUGAAGCAGAUGUUGGUUGGUGAACUGGGUCUGCUGCAGAAGCUGGAGAGGAUGGUGCUUGAAGAUGUUGAAGUAGCACUGCAGGACUCUGUGAAGUAUGAAUUUCCUGUAGAAUCGAGCCUGCUGAAUGGAUCGACGAGAAUGGUGAUCCAAGGAGAGGGUGAGAUUGUUCCUCUGAUGCAAGACCCGGCGUAG